CUGUGUGCGUGUGACUGUGAGUGUGACUGUGUGCGUGUGACUGUGUGAGUGUGACUGUGUGAGUGUAUGAGUGUGAGUGUGACUCUGUGAGUGUAUGAGUGUGAGUGUGACUGUGUGAGUGUAUGAGUGUGUGCGCUCUGCGGUGUGUAGGCAGCUGCCCAGGGUUGGUUCCAGCCUGUGCCUAUUAUUCCCCCCGUGACCCAGGUUGGGAUUAAGCGGUUACGGUGAUGGAUGGAUGGAUAUUUCUGACUCUUAACUAGCUUAACCUUGCUCCUGUUUGAUUGUGGUUUCAUGAAGCCCCUCUCAGCUCUCAUUACACCCGCCCUCGGGUGCCUCGUUAAGCGUGUCGUGACAGAAUGGUGAGACUCUUCCAGAACUCCAGCAGCUUACCUCUCUUUGCCCUCAUAGUGGAGGUGUCUUCAGGCAUUAUACUGUACAGCGUUCAUUGCCAUUGCUUUAUUAAUUUAAUCAUCAAUGGUUAUUGUUAACAUACCUUGGCACACGGGGCACAACAACAAAGUAUGUCCCAGUUUCAGGGUCUGGACCAGAAGAUAUAGUGUCCACUUCUUUGCUGCAUGAAGCUGCUCUUCUUGCCAGCUUCCAGCAGCUCCUGGAUGUAACAGCAGGAGGGAAAAGCAGAAGAAGCUGACUGUACCCUUAACGGGGGUCUCGCCAGACCCUGCCCUGAACAAGUCUCCUGAACCCAGCAUAGGAGGGGCCACCACCACACCUCCAGAGCCCAUCCUCACCUCUGCUGUGCCCCCAGAGGUCACUCUCCAGGCUUCCGGCCUAGACAGGGCCACUCCACCCGAGUUCGAGCCACAUUGCUCACACUCGGUCACCUCAUCUCCUGCUGUCCCAUUGGCUCCCUCUGUGUCUAUUGGAUUCUGGAUGACACCCUCAUCGGGACCCUCCACACUGAACCAGGACCGAAAAACAAUGUAAUCAUUUUAAAAUCUCAUUAUAGGGACCCCCAACCCCGCUAGGCAAAUAUUUUCAUUGCCCACCCUGGACGACAUAUCUCUGGUUAUUGAUCAGUCUCCCACUCAUCCAGAAAGAGCUGCUUCAACUCACAGGUUCUGGGUUUACAAGAAUGAACUGCUCAUUUCAGGUCCUGCCACAGAAUCUCAAUGAGGUUUAGAUCUGACUGUUCUGACAUCUACAGUAACUGCAUGACCAACCUCAGCUUCAACUCUUGAAUCGAUGGCCCAAUAUUCCCCUGUAGAAUGUUCUGGGAUUGAGCAGAAGUCGUGGCAAAUACAUUUAGCAGACAUAACAGUCUGCAUGGUGCCUUUAAGGCAUCUCACCUUUCUGCAGUAUUGCUCCACAUCUCAUGCUUAUCAUAAAGUUUGUUUGUUUAGUGGACAGCGGAUUCCACUUUCCAGAUCUGCCACACGUGUCAUUUCAGGGCAGGAUUAAGAAGGCAAAUCUAACAUUUAACACAUCAAAAUUAUACAUUUAGAGACAAAUACAAAGCCUGCAAAUAGCAGGAAGAAGGGGGCUAAGUGGGAAGUGGUGUGGCUUCAAACCUUCUUAAACAUAGUUUCCAGUUUCAAUUAAUAUUUUAAAAGGGGCAAUUGACAAGGUUUAAAAGUCACCUCUAAUACCAAAUAACUACAUGUGUCCUGGCCAAUUAAAUAGCAUAAAAAAUCGAUAUACGGAUUUUAUAGCUAUGUCCACAAGAUGGCGCUACAACAUCUUUUUUACUUUCAGGGGGGUUUGCGUUCACGACCCCUACUUAAAGAGAGGCACAACUUUUCCAUUUGGCAUAAAGCUCACUGAAGCGCCGUAGGCGACGGUGGUACCGCACAUAGUACCUCAUGGGAGAUGUUUGAAGGCUGUAACUGAACUUAUCCAUCCCGGGAAGUAUUAGGGCAAAGAGUAAAGACAGGGGUCCGUCCAAGAACCGGCGAAAUCGGGACCUCCUGUUUCUGGAAGGCAGUAAAUAAUCAAGCGAUGCUGAAAAAAGUGCUGCACUGCAAAGACGCAAAGUGAUCCGUCAUUAACAACAGUUAUUUUUAAUCGUAAAAAAACUGAGCCGAAAACAUUUAAGAGAUAACAGGUGAGGAAUUUCUCAACAUCCAAAUCGUUGAUCUGUAAUAUUUAUAUUUAUGCAAGAAUUUAUAUAGGUUAUUAAAUGUUAAUGCGUUGUUAAUCUUUUCUCAGUCCACCAAAUGGAUUUAAGAAAAAUAAGUGCAAACCAGUCAUCCGCAUUUUUGGAGUGCCUAACUGCGCAGACGAGCUUGUCCCUGAGCAUCACGGCCAAUGUGACGGAGGAUGCAGACGGCACCGCCUGCGCAAACGCCUCCGCCGCCCCGAAGACGCCGCUCCCCCGGAAUAAAGAAAUGCACUCUGUGCGGAUCUUUCUCUACUCACUCAUCUUCCUCCUGGGCGUCUUUGGGAACCUGCUGAUCAUCUUGGUGCUGCUGGUGAACAAGCGAAUGCGCACGGUGACCAACUCCUUCCUGCUGUCGUUGGCGGUCAGUGACUUGACUAUGGCAAUAUUCUGCAUGCCCUUUACCCUCAUUCCCAACCUGCUGGAGGACUUCAUCUUUGGGGCUGCCAUGUGCAAGAUCGUUACCUACUUCAUGGGCAUCUCAGUGAGCAUCUCCACCUUCAGCCUGGUCGCGAUAGCCAUCGAGAGGUACAGCGCCAUCUGUAACCCGCUGAAGUCUCGCGUGUGGCAGACGCGCUCCCACGCCUACCGGGUGAUCGCGGCGACUUGGCUCCUUUCCGUCUUCCUCAUGGUCCCCUAUCCUGUGUUUAGCACCCUGGUUACCUUCAAAAAGCGCAAUCGCGUCACUGCGCAUAUGUGUCGCCUCAGCUGGCCGAAGAGCCAGGUGGAGCAGUCAUGGUACAUCCUCCUGUUGUGCGUCUUGUUCUUCAUCCCCGGGGUUGUGAUGAUUAUCGCGUACGGACUGAUCUCCAGGGAGCUGUACCGCGGAAUCCAGUUUGAGCUCGGGCAAAAAAGGCAUGCAGGUGGGCUUAAGAAUGGUCUGAGUGGUGCAGUGGCAUCUGGUAGUGAUGAUGACGACGGCUGUUACAUUCAAGUCACCAAGAGGCCCAAUGCUGUGGAGAUGUCAGUACUCACGGCCACCAGAGCCUCCAGCACAGACCGACCACGCAGCAACACCUCAGAGGCAAAACUCAUGGCCAAGAAGCGAGUGAUCCGCAUGCUGAUCGUCAUCGUCGCCAUGUUCUUCGUCUGCUGGAUGCCCCUGUAUUCCGUCAACACCUGGAAGGCGUUCGACUGGCAGUCGGCCCACCAGACUCUGUCGGGGGCGCCCAUCUCCUUCAUCCACCUGCUCUCCUACACCUCGGCCUGCGUCAACCCCAUCAUCUACUGCUUCAUGAACAAGCGCUUCCGCAAGGCCCUGUUGGCCACCUUCACCUGCUGCUGGAGGCCGUGCCGGGUUCGGCGUGAGACCGAUGACGACGUCAUCGCUAUGGGUGCGUCACUGUCCAAGUUUAGCUACACCACUGUGAGCACGAUGGGACCCUCCUGACUCCAGGUACAUAAAAGCACAGGCCCUGCAUAGAUACAAAAAACCGUGAUGCUUUUCACUCAUGCUUUUCACAUAAUAUUAGUGUUCCAUGCAGUGCACUGUGAUUUCCUGUGUAUAAAAGCGAUUCCUGGUUUUUAGUGAAUGUAAAUGCUGUGUUCUGUUGAUUAAGGACUCAUUUUCUCUUGAGAGAAGCUUUUUCCGAACUUUUAAGUCUGUGUUGGAGUAUUACUAUGUGUGACGUACAUAUGUGUUUGAAAUUUGAACACUGGAUUUUAUUUUACCGGUCAGUGCUUGGUUAUUCAUAAAAGCUCACGCCUUGUCCAGCCAGGUACCAUUUUGGUAUCUUUCCUUGCUCAUGUCUCUCAGAUGUUUGUAAUUCUGUAAGAUUAGUCUGCUGGCUACAUUUACAUUUAUUUUAUUUAGUAGAUGCUACAGAUUAGAAUAUCCCCUUUGGGCAAAUCAACAACAGUGUAUUUUUGGUUCUGGCUUCAGAUGGUACAAUGUACUUAAAAUUGAACUUCUGCUUUAGAUUUAAUCUGCUUUGCUAAUUACUGUGUGUAUGACAGAGGUGGAAAGUUCAGGUUCAGAAAGUACAAAUCCAGGCCAAGAUUUUGUUUCAACCAACCAUUUGUGUACUCUGUGAAUGUGUUAUACUGAACUGAUUGAUUGAAUCAAAACAUUGGUCUGGAUUUGUACUUUUUGAACUUAAAUUUUCCCCCUCUGGUGUAUGGAAUGGAUUGGUCUCUUUCCUUAUAAUAUGUUGACACAAUGUCGAUAGCUUAUGAAAUGUAUGGCUACUUAUAUUUUAAUCCAACUAGUUUUUCUUUUUGUUUAAUAUGUGAUCGAUUAUCUAUCGAUUAAACCUUUGCAGCUCCAGUAAUGUAAUGCGUAAAAUUAAGCAGUAAAACUCUUAUGAUUUAGCAAACUUUCAGCACCGUUAUAAUUUCCUUAAUAAUGUGUUUUAAUUAAUGAUAUUUUGAGUUUUCAAUGGGAAAAGGUAACAAAAAUGCAAAAGCUACCAGAGCAGUAACCUUGGAGAAGCUUAAAUAUAUGGAGGAGAUACUUACCUCUGCAGAAAAGUCUCUGGUCCAUAUGAUUACUGUCUGUAUCCACUUGGGUAGUCAUUCUGAACAUCUUCUGAUUGGAAAAGUACAGCCAACCAAAGAUGAUUCUCGCACCAAAGGUGGUAAUAUUGCAGAAAUGAAUAUUAAUUUCCUUUUUUGAAGUUUAGGGAAUUAACCAAAACUUUUAGUAGCAAAAAAUCAGCAAGUUCUGAUUAGCAGUGUGUAAUGCUCAAAGAAAAAGGAAUAUGUAGGUUGUUCAUAAAUAUUCAAAUAUUCAGUUUACUGAAGUAUAAACAACCAAUCUCUGCUGCACUUCUACGACCCGAAGAGCCUGAAAUCAUUUCCCCAUAUCUCAGAUUACAGAACCCAGUGUAAGAACCUCCCUAAGAAUAUUCUGCAUGGUUCACAUUGCCUUACGUUUCAUAAUUAUCUUAAUGGACGAUAAUUCUAUGGUAAUAUUUCUCUCUCUGUAACUAGACAAAUUUUUUACAAAAAAUUAACAAAAAGGAAAUCUGGAAAUGUUAUGGAAAAUCUGUUUCGUUUACACAGUCAUUUUUUAAGGUCCACUUGACCUCUUUUCAAAUGUACUCAGUACCCAUUGUCCUAGGCAAGGUUCACCACUGGCACCCCCUAUUGGAAACAAAGUGAAACUGACUUGCUAAGGCAGCACCUCCUCAAAAGAUGGCACCAUAGAUGGCUGCAUAUAUUGUCUAGUGGGUUGAUCAGCACUGAAUAACCUACGUAUGUAGCUACUUUAUCGAGGCAGCACAGCAGUAAUUACAUUUAGCUAUCUACCUCUCAAGUGAAAGUCCAUCUUCAAAUCAGCAGAAAAUACAAUCCCUACAUCCCAUAGUAACCUUGGUGAUUCAUGUCAUACCUCCAAAGAAUGUGGUACUGUAUGUCUUAUUUAAGCUAUUCAAACCCUGAAAGCAGCCACAAGGAAAUACGUUUUUGAACACUGUAUCAGGAACUGUUUGUAUAUUCAGAGUAAUACAUCACAGUAAUUUAUGCGUUAAUGGAUUUUUUGCCUAUGAUGAAAGUGCCUGGAAAUUGUAUAUACAUACACUGCCCCAAGAACGGUAAGUUAAUAUUCCUAGCAGUGCGCUUAAGUGAAUGUAGUGAUGGUUUUGUUGAUUUAUUGAGGCUUCUUCAUUCUUCAUGGAACCAGAGUUGCUGUAGCUGAAGUCAUACAUUUACAUUGUAAUAAAUUUAAAGUAAAUAGCGGCAGCCCUCUCCUCACCAAUGAAUUGUGUACAGAUACUUAGUCGGCUGAAGGCACCACAAUAACGGCAUAUUAUACAGUCACUGAAGCAUUUUUCUAUUUAAAUGUAUUAAUGUUUCUUGUUAUGUUUAAUAAACUGAAAGGGUUGUCGAGAGCAGAAUAAAUUAGACUAUUAGAGACUAUUAGAAAAUGUGGAAAUCAUGCAGUUCAGGAUCAAAUGGAUUCUUCAAAGUAAUAAACCACAUCAGUAAAUUCUGACUAAUUUAUUCCACAGCAACUAGUUAUCAGAAUACAGUGUGGAAGAUUAAAUAGCAUGUAGACAGCGUUUGGCCUCAUGCUUAGUUUUGGCUGUACUGUAACAGCAUUUAUUUCCAUGCCAGCAGCAUCAAGUUCUUAAGUAGAUACUGUAUAUUAUGUUUAAUAGAAAUAUUAAAAGAAAGCAAA